AACAGGAAAUAAACACAGCCUUCAAUAAAACCCCUCUGAGUUCUUCACAUACAAGAAGAACCAUAGGGGUUGUUUCAUAGGGAACUCCCCCCAUUAAAAAAAUCCAAAAAAAUCAAAAAAACCAAAAAAAUGACAAAGAAGGUGGUAAUUGGUGGAAUAGCUUCUGUUCUUGUGGUGGCUUGUGUGGUGGCAGCCUGUGUCACCCUGACUAAACAUGAUUCUGACCCUUCAUCAAAUGGAGUUGCAACUUCAACAAAGUCAGUUGAAUCUAUGUGUCAACCCACACCAUACAAACAAACUUGUGAAAAGACCCUCUCCGCAGCAAAGAAUGUGUCCGAUCCAAAGGACUACAUCAAGGUUGCAUUCGAAGCCACUGUGGCAGACAUCAAGAAUGCCAUCAAGAACACUGAGCCAGUUAAGAAAGCUGCCAGUGAUCCUUACACCAAAGACGCUCUCCUUGCUUGUGAAGAGGUGUUUGAUCUAGCCGUUGAGGAACUAAGGGGCUCUGUCGCUAGGAUUGAGAACUUUGAUUUCUCUAAGAUGAAGGAUAUAGUGGAUGACCUCAAGUCAUGGCUUAGCGCUGUCGUUGCUUAUGAAGAGACUUGUUUAGAUGGUUUCACCAAAUCAGAAUACAGUGCAACCCGUGACGAAAUGAUGAAGCUAAUGAGCACCACCCGGGAGCUAAGUAGCAAUGCUCUUUCCAUGGUCAACAGCUUCGGUGAAAUGAUCACACAAAACACAGGCCUUACCCGCAAAUUGUUAUCAAACAGUGACUCAUUUGUCGAAGCCAGUAACCGUAAGCUCCUUCAAAUUUCUGCCUCCAAGCCUAAUGCUGUGGUUUCUGCCAGUGGAGGCGGACAAUACAAGACCAUUCAGGAAGCACUUCAAGCUGUCCCCAGGAGCAGUCCAACUCCUUUCGUUAUCCUGAUCAAGGCGGGUACAUACAAGGAACACAUUGAAAUCGAAAAGAACAUGCUAAAUGUUGUGUUUAUUGGUGAAGGCCCAACCAAGACCAUAAUCACCGGUGACCAGGCAGUAAUUCCUAACCGUAUAUCAACAUGGCAUACAGCCACCCUUGGUGUUUGUGGUGAUGGUUUCGUUAUGAAGGACAUGGGUAUUGAAAACACAGCAGGACCCACAAAAGAACAAGCCGUUGCAUUGAGAAUUAAUGCCGAUAGGGCUGUUCUCUACAACUGCAAUAUCGAUGGUUACCAAGACACGUUAUACGCUCACUCAGGAAGACAAUUUUAUCGUGAUUGUACCAUUACAGGCACCAUUGAUUUCUUGUUUGGUGAUGCAAGUGCUGUUUUCCAAAACUGCAAAUUGAUUGUGAGGAAACCAGGUCCUAAUCAAGCUUGCAUGAUCACUGCUCAAGGAAGGAUGAGAAAAGAUUCCUUUGGUACAUUCGUUAUCCAGAAUUGUGACAUCAAGGCUGAUCCAGCACUCACUAGCGCCAAUCCACCAGUCAAAGUCUAUCUUGGACGUCCAUGGAAGGAGUUUUCCAAGACCAUCAUAAUGCAAUCAAACAUCGAUGGAUUCGUCGAUCCAUCAGGAUGGUCACCAUGGAACACAACUGAUUUUGGAAUACACACAUGUUUUUAUGCAGAGUAUCAGAACAGAGGACCAGGUGCUGCACUUGACAAAAGAGUCUCCACAUGGAGAGGUUACCAAAAGGAUAUUUCAGGAGACGUUAUUAACAGCUUCACUGCCGGUAAAUUCAUUAAUACACAACAGCCAUGGUUACCAGUGUUUGAUAUUCCCUAUGAAGCUGGCAUGAUGAAGGUGUAAUUGCAUAUACCAUUCACCCUGUAAUUUUUUCUAAUUAUUCAAAAUUAUAUUUCCUAUUUCCUUUGUUCUA